CGCCGCCGCCGCCGAGCGAAGCUGUUGUUCUCGUUCGUGGCCGUUUGUUUAUUGUUUUGGGGACUAGUCAGAGUUUGGGGCACCGCUGCCGCCGCCGCCAACAUGUCGGUCCCCAGCGCACUCAUGAAGCAGCCUCCUAUUCAGUCGACGGCUGGGGCCGUCCCGGUUCGCAAUGAGAAAGGUGAGAUUUCGAUGGAGAAGGUGAAGGUGAAGCGUUAUGUAUCUGGAAAGAGGCCGGACUAUGCCCCUAUGGAGUCCUCAGAUGAGGAGGACGAAGAAUUUCAGUUCAUUAAGAAAGCCAAAGAACAAGAAGCAGAGCCCGAGGAGCAGGAGGAGGACUCAUCUAGUGACCCUCGUCUGCGGCGCUUACAAAACCGCAUCAGUGAAGAUGUGGAAGAGAGAUUGGCUAGACAUCGGAAAAUAGUGGAACCUGAAGUGGUAGGAGAAAGUGACUCUGAAGUAGAAGGAGAUGCUUGGCGGAUGGAGAGAGAAGAUAGCAGUGAAGAAGAGGAAGAAGAAAUUGAUGAUGAGGAAAUAGAACGGCGCCGCGGCAUGAUGCGUCAGCGAGCACAGGAAAGAAAAAAUGAAGAGAUGGAAGUCAUGGAGGUAGAAGAUGAAGGACGUUCUGGCGAAGAAUCAGAAUCAGAGUCUGAAUAUGAAGAGUAUACAGACAGUGAAGAUGAGAUGGAGCCUCGCCUUAAGCCAGUCUUCAUUCGAAAGAAGGACCGAGUAACAGUUCAAGAGCGUGAGGCCGAAGCACUAAAACAGAAAGAGCUGGAGCAGGAGGCUAAGCGCUUGGCUGAGGAGAGACGCAAAUACACACUCAAGAUUGUAGAAGAGGAGACCAAGAAAGAGCUGGAGGAAAACAAACGGUCCCUGGCUGCACUGGAUGCUCUCAAUACUGAUGAUGAAAAUGAUGAGGAAGAAUAUGAGGCAUGGAAAGUUCGAGAACUCAAAAGAAUCAAGAGGGACCGAGAAGACCGAGAAGCACUUGAAAAGGAGAAAGCAGAAAUUGAACGCAUGAGAAACCUGACUGAGGAGGAGAGGCGAGCUGAGCUGAGGGCAAAUGGCAAAGUCAUUACCAACAAAGCUGUUAAAGGCAAAUACAAAUUUUUACAGAAGUAUUAUCACCGAGGUGCCUUCUUCAUGGAUGAGGAUGAAGAAGUAUACAAGAGAGAUUUCAGUGCACCAACUCUCGAGGAUCACUUCAACAAAACUAUCCUUCCUAAAGUCAUGCAGGUCAAGAACUUUGGACGUUCUGGUCGUACCAAAUAUACCCACCUUGUGGAUCAAGACACCACUUCCUUCGACUCAGCCUGGGGUCAAGAGAGUGCCCAGAACACUAAGUUCUUUAAACAAAAGGCAGCUGGGGUACGAGAUGUAUUUGAGCGACCAUCAGCCAAGAAGCGGAAAACCACCUAAGAUUCAGCUAUUUCUUCCAACUGUGGACACAAGAAGUCUCAACAUCUGGUCCUUGGUUUUCUUUUACCAUCAUUUAUAUGGUUUUUGUAUGCAGCCUGCUGGAAUAACUGCCCUACUGUGCUUUUGGGCCGCCCAGCCAUUGAAGGUGUUUUGUGUGGUCUGGACUCAUAUUGAGAAACCCACAGAGAAGUACUAUCCAGAUAGGCUUAUAGACUUCCACUUAAGACUUUGUGAGAAAUCUUAGAUUUCUCUGUGUGACUUCCCAAAUUUACUUGGGACUGUUUCAAGUUUCUUUCUCUAGCACCUUCACUUGGGUCAGUGAGCAUGCAAGUGGACAGGGCAUUACUUCUACCUGAGGGUUAGGAGUGGUUAUUAAUCUAUGCUCAUUGAAAGCUAUUCUGCAUUUUUGGGUAGUCACCUUUUCUAAGUGAACAUACUUUUUGGUCCAUUUGAUGUGUAUAUGUGUGUCAAAUAAAAAGAAUCACACACUAGGAAUGUUUAGCAUACUGGAAAAAUGUGUAAACUGACAA